AUGAAUUUAACGAAUAUAAUCCAUACAAUCAAUUUAAUGAAUAAUACUGAAUACAAUGAAUACAAUGAAAAUAAUGAAAACAAUAAAAACAAUGAAUACAUUGAAAACAAUGAAUAUAUUAAAAUCAACGAAUACAUUGAAAACAAUGAAUACAUUGAAAACAAUAAAAACAUUGAAAACAAUAAAAACAUUGAAAACAAUAAAACAAUUGAAACAAUGAAUACAGUUGAAACAAUGAAUACAUUGAAACAAUGA